AUGGGCGCCGCCGGUUCGUCCGCUCUGGGCCGCCUCGGCCUCCCCGCGCCGUCCCGGCCCGCCUGGCUCGGGGUGGCCGCGCUGGGACUGGCCGCCGUGGCGCUGGGGACGGUCGCCUGGCGCCGCGCGCGCUGCAGGCGGCGCCGGCGGCUGCAGCAGGUGGGCACCGUGGCGCAGCUCUGGAUCUACCCGGUCAAGUCGUGCAAGGGGGUGCCGGUGAGCGCGGCGGAGUGCACGGCCUUGGGGCUGCGCUGCGGCCACUUGCGGGACAGGUUUUGGCUGGUGAUCAACGAGAAGGGGAACAUGGUGACGGCCCGGCAGGAGCCUCGGCUGGUCCUGAUUUCCCUGACUUGCGAGGGUGAUGCCCUGACCCUCAGUGCAGCCUACACGCAGGACUUGCAGUUGCCUCUCAAGACACCGGCCACGAAUGCGGUGUACAAGUGCAGAGUGCACGGCCUGGAGAUCGAGGGCAGGGACUGUGGGGAGGCUGCGGCCCAGUGGAUUACGGGCUUCUUGAAGACGCAGCCCUACCGCCUGGUGCACUUCGAGCCUCACCUGCGACCGAGAAAUUCUCACCAAAUAUUGGACGCGUUCCGGCCCACCGACCAGAUUGCGUACUCUGAUGCCAGCCCAUUCUUGAUCCUGUCUGAGGCAUCGUUGGCAGAUCUCAACUCCAGGCUGGAGAAGAAAGUUAAAGUGACGAACUUCAGGCCCAAUAUCGUAAUUUCAGGCUGUGGUGUCUAUGCCGAGGAUUCGUGGGAUGAGCUGCUUAUUGGUGAGGUGAUAAUGAAAAGAAUAAUGGCUUGUUCCAGGUGCAUUUUAACGACGGUGGACCCAGAUACCGGCGUCAUGAGCAGGAAGGAGCCGCUGGAGACCCUGAAGAGCUAUCGUCUCUGUGACCCUUCUGAGCAGAAGCUGUAUGGAAAAUCACCUCUCUUCGGGCAGUUUUUUGUUCUGGAAAACAAAGGGACCAUCAAAGUGGGAGACCCUGUGUACCUGUUGGCCCAGGAGUAGGAAUCAUGUUCUGGAAUGUCAGCUACCUUUGAA